AUGUCGUCGAACGGUGAAUUUUCGACGAUGUCCAGCGAGGAGGUGCCUUCGUUGCCGAAGUCACUGCCGAGUUCGAGAGAAGCGACGGCCGAGGGUAGUUCCGGCUCGAGUGGCGGCUACAUGCCCCUCCGAGAGUUCCUCGAUCGAUUCUCGUUACCGAGAGUGGUCAGGCUCGAAGGUACCGGCGGCAGGCCGGUGUUGCUGUACAAACAGCAACAGAGAUCGCUCCGGGUUACCGCGACCCUGUUGAUCCAUCGUUAUCGGCACGAUGUCCAAGUGGGGCCAGAGAUAGUCAUUCCAGAGGGUUACCCAGGUAUGUUUGACUCAGUGUUUAAUUAUUUCUCAACAGCAGUAAUUAUACACAGUUUUAUGCUGGUGGUUUAAUAUGUGUCAAUUCUUGCACAUUUUUUGGUUACACUAUAGUUGUUCAUUUCUUACGUGAUACUAAAAUACUUUAGGAGAUUAUUGUUGAUAUUAGGUGUUUUAACUCUUGAGAUCUUUAAGAAUUAGAAUUAGAAUUUCACGCUUGAUUGAGUUUUUACUUGUGUUCGUUCGUGUACUAGGCAAGGAAAUCAUUAAGAGUGUGUGCUGAAAAGAUUUUUAAAUAUUUUAAUAAUUUGCAAAAGUCUUGUUUUUACGAAUUUAUUUAUCACAAAGAAAUAAUCGUGAAUUUUAAUAAAGUUUUCCAUCUAUAAAGUUGAAAGUUCUAGCCUUUCAGCGAUAAAAUAUAACGAUCGAUCUAUAAAAGUACAGCGAAAUAAGGACGCAUCUUGUUGAUUCAAUUAAAUAAAUUAUAGUCCUGCAAUAA